AUGAAGAUGGUUUUGAUGUUAAUAAUAUUCGGGAUGAUAUUGACUGGAGGAGAAGGUUUGAGUUGUAAGGGUAGACACGAGACAUUGCUACGUUCAGACUACUCUCUGGACGAACUUUACUUUAUGGAAACAGUGUAUAGGCGAGAAGUUGUUAAAUACGAGGCAGAGUGUGAGGAGUUUUGUAGAAAUGAUACAAAAUGUUUCAAGGUAGAAAGCUAUAACUCCUGCAGCAAGGUUUGUACCUAUCUGAGAAUGGUGAUACGUGUCCAAUGGGCUUUAACUUUCACCGAGUGCCAACAACCAUGUCUCCAACAAACCGACCCUCUUUGUCAAGCUAUAGAAUUCUAUCAUUACACGUGCUACAUGAUGUCUGAGAAAACUCCAGUGAUUAAUCUGAUGAUGAGUGAAGGUACUGGUUAUGCAGAAUUUGGAUCGGUUUAA